CCGUGGUGUGGCUUCUCUUCGUGCCGGUCUUCUAGACGAUAUCGGGAACAUGGCGUCAAACCUGGGAGCAAGUGGAGGUGCUGGCCCAACUGGUCCUGCGCUUUUCGGUGACUCUCCGGACCCUUCCUGGUCCAGCCUUCGCGGCGAAGCCAUUGCCACGCCGACGGGUGCCGGAAUAGAGGAAAACAAAAGGCUGUGGGAUGCAGGUGCUGGUCCCCCACACACAGACGCAAAGCUCAGGCUCUUCGGGACCACAGGGGAGCCGAGGGUCGUGUUUUACCGAGAUACCGCGGCAUGGUGCCCCUACUGCCAAAAGUGGCAUGUGGCCGAUCUUCGUGCGGAGGUCGCACCUGAACUUGUUAAUUCUCCCAACGAUGUGCUUCUCUCUUCUUGCUCUGUCUGCGGUGCAUACGUCUUCUCGAACGAGGUAUGGCUCAUGCUCGAAGAGAAGCGGAUACCCUUUCGCGUAGAAAAAAUAAACAUGAGGAGCUACGGUGACAAACCUUCUAGCUACCUAGCCAAGGUUCCAUCCGGACUCCUACCCGCGAUUAGCCUCGACGGCGAACUGAUGACCGAGAGCCUCUCGAUCAUGCAAACCCUGGAGGCCACGUUUCCAGAACCACGACGCAUGCUGCCAGACCGCGAGUCUCCAGAAUUCCAAGAGGCGGUAAGGCUCCUCAAUCUGGAGCGUGAACUCUUCAGGUGGUGGUGCCAGUUCGUGUUUCGUUCAGGAGACUCAAGCCGGGGAGCUCUGGAAAAGACGUUGGAUGAGGUGAACUCGGCACUGGCUUCCUCUCCUGGACCGUGGUUUCUCCCGUCAUCCGCUUCUGAGGACGAAGCUGCCAACGGUAGCCCAGAUGACGGCUUCAGUCUGGUUGAUCUGACGUACGUACCGCAUUUGGAGCGUAUGGCCGCCUCCACGGCCUACUGGAAGGGUUUACAGCUUCGUGGAAACGAGAGGUGGCCUUCGAUCAAUCGCUGGUUCGAGGCCCUUGAAAUGAGGCCAGCGUACAUGGCGGGAAAAUCAGACUUCUACACCCACGUUAAAGCUAGAUGGACACAUUUGCUAUCUCAUCCGUGUUUCCCCUCACGCGUCGUGCUUAAAGACAUCCCACCGCAGUAUGGCGACGGCGUCUCCAUUCGAGGAGCGGAGGCGAUGAAAGCUACGAUUGAUGGAACCGAUGGUUCGUGGUCGUUACCUCUUGCGCCUCUCGACGCUACUCAAGGAUUGGAGCCUGUCUCGAGCGACAACAACCCCGGAGAAGAUGGAGCCAGGCACGAAGCGGCGUACAAGUUAAUAGGCAACGCCGAGGCCGUAGCGAAAUUUGCUUGCCGCGGCGCUGGAAGAGGAUCUGGAUGGAACCUGCUGCCUGGUCGAGCACCUCUUUCGGACCCAAACGCCACCCCUAACCUUGAAAUUUUGCCGGACGUGGACUACUGUUUACGUCGGGUAGCCUCUGCUCUACUGAAGGGGACUCUUGACGAAGACGAAGCUGCCCUCAAGCGCGGAGCAACUAGCAGCGGAGGCCACCCCGGGACAGCCGCCGCAGUUGAAGCCUCUUUGGUUUACCUCAGAGAUCGGGUCGGUGUACCAAGAGACAUGACUUAUCCGGCCGCCCGCCAACUGCGUGCCCACUUGAAUUGGGCCAUCAAGACCCUGAAAUAGGUCUGCAACUUUGCACGCCCA